ACAACAGCAACCAGAGCGGCUUAUUACUACUCGGGGAGGGGAGAGGGGAUCAGAAAGCUGAAGCUAGCCUCCAGCCUGUUCACACCGCCCUCAAGAGACCACCGAGAGGAGCAUUUUCGACCCAAUUUAGCCACUAAAUUCACCAAAAAUGGGAGAACAGCCCAUCUUCAGUACACGGGCCCACGUCUUCCAGAUCGACCCAAACACCAAGAAGAACUGGGUUCCCACGAGUAAACAUGCUGUCACAGUCUCCUACUUCUUUGACAGCACCAGGAAUGUAUAUCGAAUCAUCAGUCUGGAUGGAUCUAAGGCCAUUAUCAACAGCACCAUCACCCCCAACAUGACAUUCACUAAGACUUCACAGAAGUUUGGGCAGUGGGCCGACAGCCGGGCGAACACCGUGUACGGCCUCGGCUUCUCGUCUGAAGGUCACCUGGUCAAGUUUGCAGAUAAGUUUGCUGAGUUCAAGGAGGCAGCACGGUUAGCAAAGGAGAAGUCUCAGGAGAAGAUGGAGCUCACCAGCACUCCCUCUCAGGAGUCAGCUCCGGGUGACCUGCAGUCACCUUUGACCUCAGAGAGCAUCAACGGUACAGACGAUGAGAGAGUCACACCAGACACACCUCAACACACAGAAGCCAGAGCAGAGCCUUCCCAGAAUGCACUGCCCUACUCACACAGUUCAUCCAGCAUCAAUAAGCACUGGGAGGCAGAGCUGGCGGCUCUUAAAGGGAACAACGCCAAACUGACAGCGGCUCUGCUCGAGUCCACAGCUAACGUCAAACAGUGGAAACAGCAGCUGGCGGCCUAUCAGGAGGAGGCGGAGAGGCUACACAAACGGGUGACGGAGCUGGAGUGUGUGAGCGGUCAAACAACGGUGAUCAAAUCUCAAAAGACAGAACUUAACCAAACGAUAGAGGAGCUGGAGUUGGCUUUGAAGGCCAAAGAGGAGGAGUUGGAGAGACUUAAAGCAGAGGUGGAGAGUGCCAGUGAGUUUCAGUCUCAGAAAGACUCCCUGACACAGAAGCUACAGGAUACGGAGUCGAGGAACCAGACUCUGGAGGCCCAGCUGAGCGACCUGGAGCAGCGUCUGGAGAGCAGCCAGCUGGAGAGAGAAGCCUUUCGCAAGAGUCUGCGCUCCCUGCUGGAGCUGCUGGACAGCAAGAUCUUCGAGCUGACCGAGCUGCGGGACACGCUGACCAAACUCAUCGAGGGUAGCUAGAGAGACAAACACACCUCCACCUACAACACCUACACCACCAACACAGCAGCGGCCAGUGUUCAGAGAGCCACUCUAAAGAAGACACCACCUGCAUGUUGGCACUCACACUCACCGACAUGUAAAACAACUUGAAUUCUCUCUCUUUUUUUUUCUUUUUCCUCCACAUGUAUACGAUACGUGUAAAAGAUGUUUACACACAACUUUAUGCAUUAACGGUUCACACAUUUUGCUACGUCCACAUCGUUUACAAUCAGCCAAGUGAAGAGGGCUUUGCUUGGGCCAUGCCUUCCCUCCGCUCCACUCUGGAUUAUUCUUGACUCUCUGACGACACAAACUCUGAAUGAAUCUGUUUUUAUUUAUUUUUUUGUCUCUUGAACAUCAUUCCGUUUGAGCAGACGUUAAAGAUUUCUGUUUGCUUUUUGCUCCUUGAGACUUUUUGAGCUUCGCUUUGGUGCAUUUUGUCGUCACCUGGAGCUUGUGAUUGUUCCCGUCUUCUUUUAUUCUGUUCCUCACUUUUCUCAUCGUCAGCCAAAUGAACAGCUAUGAGUCCGAUGAGACGGACUCCAGCUUUUCUUACACUUUUUUUUUUUUUUUUGUUAUUUGAACUCUGGAGGGUCGAAUGUGGUGAAGAGAUGACUGCGAGUGUUUCCUCCUGUGACAGAAAUCCACCGUUGGACUGCCAAACAAAGAAAAAAGGCGGAGGAGGACGAUAGUAUGUCUUAUAUUCUUAUACAAUAUAUGAGCAAUACAAAAAGGGAGCAUCAGAGGGUAAAUAAACACUUUCCACUCUCACUUUCAGGUAAUUUUACUCCUCUAUCUUGGAUAGACCACAAGCGAGGCGGGAUUUUAUUCAAUAGUCUUUCUUUCUAUAUCCUUUUUUUAAAGAAUACUACUAUAACAAACUCAUAGUGCACUUGUAAAAAUGGAGUUUGUGUGUGUGGGUGAAUCAGAUGAUCUUCUUUUCUUUCCCUUAUUGUUUCUGUUGCGACUUGAAGUGCAAUGAUUU